AUGGGAUCUUCAAGCACAUCAACAGUUGGAUUCGGUCGCAAGACACCGACGAAUGGCUCCUCCUGUAGGUUGAAGCUCUUGAUGGGCACUCAGGAGAUGGAAUCCGACGACAUCAACCGAUUGUGUCAAGAGAGAUGGUGGUCAUCGAAUAUCAACGCCAUUGCUGUGCGAGCAGCACAGCUCUACACCAAUCGGUAUUUCCAACAUUCCGAACAACAAGACAGACCAGGUAUUCCAUUCGAUGUGAAGUUCGUCGAACAGUUGUUGCCGUGGUAUGAAAAGAAACCAGUAUUCAAACCAACUAGAGGUAUCCCGUUUCCACGACUGGGCAAAGACAGAAGCUGGAGAGAUCGUGUCACUAUAUCAAUAAUCAAUGUCGAAUGGCAGGCUCACUUUGCUACCGUUGUGAUCUUCGGUCCUCAAAAGCUGUUGAUACCGUUUGAUGGAGCAGGAGGAGCGUAUGAUAAUUCUCUAUUGAAAAAGAGAUGGACUUCCUUCUUGAACAAUCGACUUGAAUACUGA